UCAGGACGGUCCCACCCAGGCGGCGGCGGCGGCGACUCGCCCUCUUUUUACGCAACUCGCGCCGGAGGAGCGCGCACCGGCCUGGUACCCCGCAGUCUGCGCGCCUCGGGAUGCGCAAGUCACGCCCUGGGAUUCACGUGUCGCCGCUCCGCGACCUUCGCCCGAAAGAGGCGGUGCUGCUCUUUUAAGGCUGUAGGAGACGACGGGCCGGGAAGCCUUUCCCUCUAAUCCGGAAGCUGGCCCUAUUUAAAGGGAGCGGGCGCUGCAGAAGCGACCGAAGUGGGAGGCUGUGCUGGAGGCUUGAUUUUAAAAAGGACAUAAACUUAAAACGCUUAUGAAGGCAGCCAACCCUUGAAAGGAGGAGCCGCUAAGGAAAAGGCUGCAGAAUGGAGAGAGAAUUUGCGUAUGAAUUCAACGCUGGGAACCAGCAUUUUGUACUUACCGUGCCCCUGAAAUUCCCAGUCCAAGAAAACGUUAGUCACUUGCCUCGGCGCCUAAUGCUUCUUCAUAAUCUGCCGUGCUUCGUGGAAAAUGGCUUAAAAGAAGCUCUGACUAGAUUCAUAGAGGAGCGGUCUGUACAAGAUUUUGAUAGAGAAGCAGAAGCGGCCCUGGAAGCUGUAAAAUCUGGUAAAGUGGAUUUACACCAGCUGGCGAGUGCUUGGGCCCAAGCAUACGCUGAGGCAACUUCAGAACAUGCCAGACCAGAAGACCCCAGCUGGGAUGAAGAUUUUGCAGAUGUUUAUCAUGAUCUCAUCCAUUCUCCUGCCUCUGAAACUCUGCUAAACCUGGAGCAUAACUAUUUUGUUAGCAUCUCCGAAUUAAUAAGCGAGAGGGACGUGGAGCUGAAAAAACUGCGAGAAAGGCAAAGGGCGGAAAUGGAUAAGGUGAUGCAAGAACUGGGGAAAUCAUUAACGGAUCGAGACGUAAACAUGUUGGCAGCUCAGCACUUUGAAUCCCAGCAGCUACUGGAGAACAAGUGGAACAAUGAAUUGAAACAAACCACAGCGAUCCAAAAACAGGAGUACCAGGAAUGGGUGGUGAAACUUCACCAGGACCUGAGAAAUCCCAACAGCACUAUUGGGGAUGAGAUCAAAGUUACUCCCAAUCAGUGGAGAGAAUCUGAAGAAGGAACCGGAAGACUCUUUGAGGACCAGAGGCAAUUGGAAGAAAGUUUCACUAUCCAUUUGGGAGCACAGCUGAAAACGAUGCAUAAUCUGCGACUGCUGAGGGCAGAUAUGCUAGAUUUCUGCAGGCAUAAGCGCAGUCACCGCAGCGGAGUCAAACUCCAUCGGCUUCAAACUGCACUGUCGCUUUAUUCAACGUCGCUUUGUGGUCUAGUCUUGCUUGUGGAUAAUCGCAUCAGUUCAUACAGUGGGAUCAAAAGAGAUUUUGCAACUGUUUGUCAGGAGUGCACAGAUUUCCAUUUUCCUGGAGUUCAGGAGCAGCUUGAAGUUGUUCAGCAAGUUGUACUUUAUGCUCGAGCACAGCGAAGUAGCAAGUCCAAAAGACUAAACGAAGCAGGAAACAGAAACAGCGGCAAUGAAGAUAAAUCUAAGAAUGGUGAGCAGAAUCAAUCAAAUAUUUUUCCAGGGGAGUUUUACAUCACCCGACAUUCAAAUCUCUCUGAAAUUCAUGUGACUUUUCAUCUGUGUGUGGACGACAAUGUGAGGUCAGGUAAUAUUACAGCCCGGGAUCCUGCAAUCAUGGGCCUCCGAAAUAUCCUUAAAGUGUGUUGCACCCAUGACAUCACUACAGUUAGCAUUCCUCUUCUGCUGAUACAUGAUAUGUCUGAAGAAAUGACAAUAUCUUGGUGUCUGAAAAGAGCAGAGCUUGUAUUUAAGUGUGUCAAAGGGUUUAUGAUGGAAAUGGCUUCCUGGGAUGGUGGGAUUUCUCGAACUGUUCAAUUCUUGGUACCACAGAGUAUUUCUGAAGAAAUGUUUUACCAACUGAGUAACAUGUUGCCACAGAUUUUCCGUGUGUCAUCUACACUCACUCUGACGUCCAAACACUGAACUCCCUCCAAUGCUCUACAAAGGAUUAAUAAGAUGAUGACACUGGAUUCAUUUUAAUACCUGAAACACUUCAAUAUCUUGAACAUGAUUGUGGAAAUUCCUAACAGAAGCACCUGCAGUAUUAAAACAAAAAACAAAAAACUGUACUUCCAUGCCUUCACAAAGGAAAAUGGGUAAUGGGUUAUUUUUCUUUUUUUGCCAGUUUGGCUUCAAGCCCUCCCACUGUAUUUAAUGCUGUUCUUAGGUUCUUCCAACCCUUAGAUAACAAGAACUGUAGUGGUAAAGUGGGAAGCUAAAAUAUCUGUGAAGCACUGGAUAUUAGCCAAGUUGUAAUUUGGAAAUAUAAUUGUCAAAGGAAAAAGCUCUUGCUUUUUUUUUUUUCUCCCUAGAUAUGGAUGUAUCAACAUAGACGUUUCCUUACACAUUUUGUUUUGAGUGUGACACUGUUAUAUAUUUUAUUCUUCAGGACUCUAACUCCUGCUACCAUCAAAUACUUGGCUGGAUUUUUGCAGCCCAGAUAUAGUAGUUCUAUUUUAGAUGACAUUCUGUUUUGGUUUUGAGCUCAUAAAAGAGAUAAACAUGGAGAAUUCAUGUCCAUUGCAGUAAAUUAAGAACUUCAACUUUUUAAACAAAUAAGAGCAGGAGAGCAAUUCAGGUCCUUCCAACUUCAUUGUGGGAUUCAUGCAUUGUACCUAGCCAUGUAGCAGUUUGGUUUUGGCUUAAUGUGUUGUGUGAUCCCAGACAUUAUAGUUUGUAAAUCAUGGCUUAUGAUUUAGAAUGUGUAGAAAAAUAGGAUUUGCGCUGCAAAUACACAGGGUAUUGUUUCUAUAUUGUAGAUAGUGGAGAUAAUAUCAGAACAACGCCAUCUUACUUAUCUUUCUACCAAUAAGCAAGAACAUUUUCCUUUAAGUAGGAUAGGCUUCUGCUGCUGAUUUGGUAGAACAAGGUGCUAUUUGGUAAUGGUACUUUUGGAGAAAGAUGGGAUGGAAGCUGAAGAAAUAAAUACAUUACUAAAAGAAGUGUAACCAUAAUUUGAUCUCAAAUUAAUGAAAUUGACCAGGCGUGCCUCUGUUUCAUCUAGAUUAAGAAAUGAGUUUGUAACCCACAAUUAAUACUAAUUUCAAUUUGGUUUUAGGUUGGUAUUUUUUUUAAAAAAAUCAUUAAUUAAAAAUAUAGUGGAGUAUAUACAAAAGCAAAAUACAUAUAACCUUAUUUAAUUAGAUUAUCUAGGAACAUGGAUUGGAUAAUAGACAAUUAUUAUGACUUUGUUGUGCAUAAUUAAUAAGUAUAAACUAAGUGAAAUAAAAUCAUACAGCCAUUUUUGGUGGUCAGUUUUCCAUUAUGGAAAUUUUCUAGCAUAUUUGUCACCAUAUGAAAAUAUUCCAAUUCUUUCCUAUUUUCCAGGGUUUUGCUACUACUUGUGUUUUAAAGUAUUGCUUGGAUUAUCAAAACAAACAAAAACAAAACCUUAAUGAGGCCAACUUAGGACCUAAUGUGAUGGCCAGAAUUGUGGCUUGUCUAUUUGUCAGCCUUACCAGGUAGACCAGACAGGAAGCACAACCAGACAAACUAAUUACUUUAUUGUAAAGCUACAUUAACAGAAUCUUGCAAAUCUGAAUGUACAGUUCUCCUGACUUCACCGUUACAGCCUGAGAAUUUAGGGAGGGUCCCUUCUGAGCCUCUUGCUCUACCACUAUGCAGCUGUGGGCUAUGCUGCCUCUUAUCUGACUGUUCCCUAGACAGCAUCUCUUCCCCCCCAUCUCCCAAGGUUUUUCCACACUAUUUUUACACUAUUCAAUAAAACUGAAAUCCAAAAAGACUUUAUCGAACCAGCACAUGUGAUAAAAUGAACCCAUUUCUUUAUAUUUCCUCCAAUAACUGUGGCUUAUAUUAGAAUUCAUCAUGUUGAGUUUCUUUAGUUUUAAAUAUCUAUAAAUUGCUUUUGUUGAGUGUUCCCUAAUUUUGACCAAAAUGGAUUUUAAUGGUUUUCUCUAUCAGAAGAUAACCAUGAAGUCAAGGUAAAGGGUUUUUAAAUAUCUGAUUCUAAUAUCGCCUUUAACCAAUUCAAAAAGUUUAUCUUCUAACAGAAUGUUGUAAAUUUUUGAAAUCCUUCCUUUCUCCCUAUUGGGUGAUGAAUUUAACUUAAUUUUAAAUUUAGUCAUGGCUGUGGCUGUAUAGGUUCUAAUUGCUAGAACUGCAGUGAAAUGCAGCAUAUGUAUUUGAAAACCAUGAAUGAGCUAAAAUUCUUAACAUUAUUUGCAAUUGUUUGCCCAUUUUAAAAAUGUUCCUAUCAUUUCAAAACUUCCUGUCAAAAUUCUUUUAAAUAAUAAAGUCCCUUAAUUUCCCAAACCUGAUACUGUUCAAUUUUAUUUUCAUCAUAAAAGUUUUAUAAAAUAUAAAAGUAUAAAGGGGUGAUGGAUGUGGAGUUAAAUUAGGGACCCAUAUUUUCCAGCUUUUUGAACCUAUUCAGAAGAAAUGGAUUUUGAAUGUUUCAGUUUUUUAUGCAUAACUUUGGCAAGAGGAAGUGCCCUAAUUUUUGCUAGUGUUACUUAUACGUUCCAUCUUUAAUUAAAGUACCAGUUCUUCUGACUUUAUCAAGCUAAAAAUAUUAGCAAUAUGAUUAGUAUCAUAGGAUAUAAUAUUUGGAAUUCCAAGGCCGCCUUCAUUGAUGUUUUUAUAAAGAAUUUUUAAAAAAUUAUUCUUGCUUUUUUGCUACUAUGUUUAGUUUACUAAUCACUUUUUACCAUUUGUAGAGAUUUUUUUCAGAAAUAUAUGUAGGAAUUAUUUGAAAGAGGAUAAGAAGUAAGGAAAUAGCGACAUUGUUACUGCUGCUUUGUGUGUGCGCUUUUGAAUCAGUCUUGACUCCUGGCAUCAAGUUCCUGCAGGUAUCUUGGCAAGAUUUUCAGAAGUGGGUUGCCCUU